AUGUCGCGCUCUCAAGAGACAUCGGAGAGCCGCAAACCACCCGAUGAGAUUGGUGACAAGUCCCAGAACCAAAAAGAUGCCUGCGAAGAUUCAUCUCUCGAUCGGGAAUGCCCUAUCAUCCACCGUGUCUACUGCACGCACCCCAACGUUGAUGGCGAGGACCACAGUGAGCACCCAGAUUCUGCAGACUUCCUGGACUCGCCUCGACUUUAUAAAAACGAUCAUCGAGCUUCAGCCUUACGCGGUCGGCACCAGCUUCCGCAAGGACAGCAGCCGGAUGCAAGAAACCCCGUCUUGGUAGUCAGAGGCUAUGACUGUACCGCCUAUCACAAAACGAUUAGAGGGUCUUUCGGCGACGUUCCUUCGAGUCUCGAGUCUCGUAUCUCGAGCAGAGUCAGACCCUAUGCCUGUGUCCUCGCGGAAACCGCAUCCUGCGCGGAGGCGACCUCGGAGCAGAUAACCAUUUCAAUGGGAUUGUCGACUGCGCUGAGGGAAUACACAAAAGAGUGUAAACCACCCAUGGGUCAUUGGGACCCUCAUCGAGAUGUCUAUGCACCGUAUGACUAUUUUUACCAUUUCCGCCACGAGCUGCGCGAUCGAUGUGCUCCUAGCUUACCACAGCCUGAAAGAGGACAGCUACUUCUACUUCUCAACUGCAUUGACAAGAUUCAAGGCUCCAAAUUCGACGAAAUCGACCGGGAUUUCGCCUGCGGCAAGGUCCAUCGAGAUACUUUCAGCAAGCUCUUCGCCCCCAACGAGCUCAUUGUGAACAUUGAGGAAGAUCACUCGCGGGCUUAUAUUGCAGAGACUAUCACGAUAACCAAGCGCACUAUCACCCUCGACUGCUGGACUUGGAUCUUCGACGGCAGUUUCAAGAAGCAUGACUCUACCAUAACUGUCCCGUGGCCAGUGACGAACCCGGAAGAGGUGCAAAUAAGCAGCCUCUCCACCUUCCCGCUGCGACUGGACAAGACAGGUCUUCGGGAGAGGCUGGUGCAACGCGGUCGGAAAUUCUGGAGUUGUCGGAACAGAAGGCUCGUGAGCUACAACGCACCAUUCCCGACCAUCUUCGAGCUGCAAGUCACAAACCCAAAGUAUAUGGUCGACUACAAGACCUACCGAGAGAUUCAUCCUUCCCAAUUUGAAGUCCCUUUAGCAAGCGAGAGGGAAAUGUUAGAGCGGGGUGUGACGAUGGAUGCAGAAGAGCCUCCCAACGACGACUUUUCCCUUCUCUUGCCUGACACAAUUGUUGGCUACGCCUUCCAUGACAAGAAAUGGAGAAGCCUCUACGUUGAGCAUAUCGAAGAGGUACGUUGGAACGAAGAGGCCUUCAGUCGGCUCGUCUUGAAGUCGAACAAAAAGGACACCAUCAAAGCCCUUGUGAGCAUUCACUUGACCACCGUGAAGAACGUCGACUUCGUGGAAAACAAGGGAAACGGCUUGAUCAUGCUCCUCCACGGAUCGCCCGGUACCGGCAAGACCUUGACAGCGGAGUCUGUGGCUGAAGUUGCGAAGAAGCCCUUGUACCGAGUAACUUGUGGCGACGUUGGUACGUCCGCCGAAACGGUGGAAAAAUACCUCGAGUCUGUCCUGCUCUUGGGUAGUAUCUGGGAAUGCGUUGUGCUGCUCGACGAGGCGGAUGUGUUUCUCGAGGAGAGGCAAGUCACGGAUCUUGCACGGAACGCUCUGGUAUCGGUAUUCCUGCGUGUCUUGGAGUACUACGACGGCAUCUUGAUCCUGACCACCAACCGCGUGGGCACAUUCGACGAAGCGUUCAAAUCCCGCGUCCAACUCGCCAUCCACUACCCGGCGCUGAACAGCGAGGACCGCUACGAGAUCUGGUGCAACUUCAUCGAGGCUCUGAAGGAGAAGAAAGUGUCCAUGCUGUACGAGGAGCUCCGGCGCAAGGCUCUCGUCAUGGCCCGCCGCCGCUUCAAUGGCCGGCAGAUUCGCAACUGUCUCUGGACGGCGACCCAGGUGGCCAAGUACAGGAACGAGCCGCUGGGGUACAGCCACAUUGAGCAGGUCAUGGAUAUAUCGCAGGAGUUUGAGGAUUACUUGGAGAAGACGCGCGGGCUUACGGACGAGGAGAAUGCCCAGGAGAAGGGUGUCAGGGCUUUUGACCCCGAGGUCAACGGCGAUUGA